UAUUCAGACUGUGAAAAGGCAAAAAAAGGAGAGUGAAAAAUGGCGACUGGUUUUGGUUGCUUUGCAUUUCCCGGCACACCGUGCUUCUCCACCAACAAAUCCACCCCCAAAUUCUCUCAUUCCUCUAUCUUCACCCGUCAUUCACAAUUACCCUCUUUCUUCUCCCUUUCUACGAAAAUCACAACGUCUCAAAGCGAAACUCUCACCCACACCCCUGAACGCGACUCUCCUCACUUCAAUUACCAUUAUCUCGAUGAUCAAAUUCUCCGUGACGUCGCUCACGACGCACUCGUUUGGAGCUCUCUCCACGGCCUUGUUAUUGGCGAUAAAUCCGUUCAGAGAUCGGGAAGCGUUCCUGGCGUGGGAAUGGUGCAUGCACCGCUUGCCUUGUUACCCAUGCCAUUUCCGGAGAACCAAUGGAGAGAAGCGUGUGAGUUGGCUCCUAUAUUCAAUGAACUGGUUGAUCGUGUUAGCUUGGAUGCUGGGUUUCUCCAGGAAUCCCUCUCCAGGACUAAGAAAGCAGAUGAAUUCACCUCUAGGCUUUUGGAUAUUCAUUCCGAGGUGCUAGAGAUUGACAAAAAACAGGAAAUACGAUUGGGGUUACACCGUUCGGAUUAUAUGCUUGAUGAAAAGACUAAAUCACUUUUGCAAAUAGAACUGAACACUAUUGCCUCAUCCUUUGCCAGUCUUAGUAAUCUUGUGACUGAACUUCAUCGAUACAUACUUUCUCGCCAUGGAAAAUUGCUUGGAUUAGAUUCCAAAAGGAUUCCUGCCAACAAUGCCAUCAAUCAGUAUGCAGAGGCCUUGGCUAAAGCUUGGAGUGAGUAUAAUAACCGCAGGGCCGUGAUUAUGAUAGUGGUUCAGGCUGAAGAGAGGAACAUGUACGACCAGCAUUUGUUUUCUUCAGUUCUAAUCGAUAGGCAUAAUAUUACAACUAUACGGAAAACAUUGGCAGAAGUCGAUCAAGAAGGAGAAAUUCUACCAGAUGGAACUCUUUCUGUGGAUGGGCAAGCGGUUUCAGUCAUUUAUUUCCGGGCUGGCUAUACACCACUUGACUAUCCUUCAGAAUCAGAAUGGAGAGCUAGGCUACUGAUUGAACAAUCUUCGGCUAUCAAAUGUCCUUCUAUAUCCUAUCAUUUGGUUGGCACCAAAAAGAUUCAACAGGAACUUGCAAAGCCUGGUGUUCUUGAGAGGUACCUCGAAAACAAAGAUGACAUUGCCAAAUUACGUAAAUGUUUUGCUGGGUUGUGGAGUUUGGAUGACUCAAAUAUUGUUAAAAAAGCAAUUGAAAGGCCGGAGUUAUUUGUGAUGAAGCCCCAAAGAGAAGGAGGAGGAAACAAUAUUUAUGGUGAUGAUGUGAGGGAAACCCUCCUAAAAUUGCAGAAAGAAGACUCAGAAGAUGCAACUUAUAUCCUUAUGCAGAGGAUAUUUCCGUCUAUUUCUGCAGCAGUUUUGAUGCGUAAUGGUCGUUGGCACAAGGAUACUGCCAUUUCAGAGCUUGGAAUAUUUGGUACUUAUUUAAGGACUAAGGAUAAGGUUAUCAUGAAUAAACAAAGUGGUUAUUUGAUGCGUACAAAAAUAUCAUCAUCUGAUGAAGGUGGGGUAGCAGCUGGUUUUGCUGUGUUGGAUAGUGUAUACCUGACUUGAAGGAACCAAGAGCAACUUAGGUUAUUAGGGUAAUUCGAAACCUUACGCAAGUGAUGGUUGACACAUUAAUGACAUCUUCAUUUAAAUCUCUUGCUUUUAUUUACCUGCCUCCACAAAAUGUAAAAAUAAUAGGAGAGGCCUCGUAGUUUCGUUUUCCUUCUCCCAUGGGAUUUUAUAUAAUUACUGUAUAUAAGCUGUUAAUGCUUCUUCCUUAAACUGUUCA